GAACCUCUCAACAUCAUCAUCACCAUCCAGACCUCCAAGCAGUACAGUAUAGCAGCACCACCUCCACCACCACCACCUCCUCCAUCACCGAGAGAGAGAGAGAGAGAGAGAGAGCAGGAGAAGCGUCCUCACCGCCUCCUGAGCAGACACUGUCCGAUCAGAGAGAGAGAGAGAGAAGUAGAGAGAGAGGGAGUAGUUGUCUCUGACAAUAUAGAGACUCCUACCACGUACUGUAGCUUACUUUUUCCCCUCCCGGCGACGUCCUCAGCUAAGUUGCGCUCCUGGAUUUUAAGUGCGUCUCUCGGCUAAAGUCUGUCCUCAUCAAGCAGCAGCUCCAGACCUCCGAACCACCGGCGGACUGCUUGUUGUAUCUCUCUUCACCAAGAUUUCAUGCCUAAUAAAGUACGGAUGCUGGAAUCUGUGAGUUGAUUGGAACAAAUAGAAAGCAGAAAAAAGACAGAUAAAGGAAGAGCAGGAGAGUGAGGAGAAAGAAGAAAGAGGAGAGAGAAGAAAGCAUAAAGUUCUUUAGAAAGAGGAGAGAAAGAAAGAGACGGGGACGAUGGGGAGGAAAAAGAUUCAGAUCACGCGGAUUAUGGAUGAACGCAACAGACAGGUGACAUUUACAAAGCGAAAGUUUGGCCUGAUGAAGAAGGCGUAUGAGCUGAGCGUGCUGUGUGACUGUGAGAUUGCCCUGAUCAUCUUUAAUAGCACCAACAAGCUGUUCCAGUAUGCCAGCACAGACAUGGACAAGGUCCUGCUUAAAUACACCGAGUACAACGAGCCCCAUGAGAGCAGGACCAACUCCGACAUUGUGGAGACAUUGAGAAAGAAGGGCCUAAACGGCUGUGACAGCCCAGACCCCGACGCAGACGACUCGGUCGGCCACAGCCCCGAGUCCGAGGACAAGUACAGGAAAAUAAAUGAGGACAUUGAUCUGAUGAUCAGCAGACAGAGACUGUGUCAGGCCGUGCCCCAAUCAAACUAUGACAUGCCUGUGUCCAUUCCCGUUAGCAACCAGAACAAUCUCAUUUACAGCCAUCCCGGUGGUUCCCUAGGCAACCACAACCUGUUGCCAUUGGCGCACCAUGGCCUACAGAGAAACAGCAUGUCUCCCGGAGUUACACACAGACCCCCCAGUGCAGGUGGCCUCAUGGGUGCUGACCUCACCACUGGCGCAGGCACCAGUGCUGGAAAUGGAUAUGGGAACCAUCGCAACUCACCAGGUCUGCUGGUUUCUCCUGGUGGCAUGAACAAGAACAUGCAGGCUAAGUCUCCUCCGCCUAUGAAUUUAGGCAUGAACAACCGCAAACCUGACCUACGUGUGCUCAUACCCCCUGGCGCCAAGAACAACAUGCCCUCCAUCAACCAGAGAAUAAACAACUCUCAGUCCGCUCAGUCAUUGGCCACCCCAGUGGUGUCAGUAGCAACUCCCACUCUUCCAGGACAGGGCAUGGGCGGUUACCCAUCAGCCAUCUCUACUUCUUAUGGUACCGAGUACUCCCUGAAUAGUGCAGACCUGUCCUCCCUGUCUGGCUUCAACAGCGGCAGCUCCCUUCACCUUGGCUCAAUGAGUGGGUGGCAACAACAACACCUUCAGAACAUGCAGCAUUCAGCCCUCGGCCAGUUAGGAAAUUGCUCUAGCUCUCACUUAUGUCAGGGUUCAAAUCUCUCCCUGCCCUCUGCUCAAAGCCUGCACAUCAAGUCCGAACCUGUUUCUCCUCCUAGAGAUCGCACCAGCAGCACGGGGGGCUACGGUGGGGUACCACCCCCCCAGAUCCCCUCGUCCCGCCAGGACUCGGGACUCCCCGUUGAUAGCCUGAGCAGUUGUAGCAGCUCCCAUGAGGGCAGCGACCGUGAUGAGCACAGGAAUGAGUUCCACUCACCUCUGGGACUGACCCGGCCCACCAUGGACGAGCGCGAGAGCCCCUCCAUCAAACGGGUGCGCCUGUCAGAAGGAUGGGCCACAUGAUAGCUCUGUCCUCUCCCCGGCAGUACCCCGAGUUACCCUGAGCCCCCGACAACGCAGCGUUACGAUGCCCCCCAAGUCAGCUCCUCUUCCUCCUCUCACCUAAUAUCACGAGUCACUCAACCACCCAGCCCCAUGGCCUCUCUCCUUUUAUCUCUUUAACGCUGAAGGAAAGAAAAGGGACAGCCCUUUUCAGAAACAUGUUUGUAAUUUCUUUUCCUUUUUAUUUUAUUUUUGCUGAGUGUGUGUGCUAUACAUAUUGACAUUAUAUAAACCAGUGGGGUGUUUUAAUGGGGGUUUGGGCGGGUGGGUGUUGGUUGGGAUGGCAUCUGGGGUUAUUUCUGUUGGGGAACUAUGCAUAAAAUGUAUUGUGUGUGGAUAAAAAGAAUCACGUAUGCAUAUAUAUUUACACGUGUGUGUAUGUGUACAUAUAUGCAUAUCAACAAAUAAACAAAAAAAAUAGUCAGGUACUCUGUUUCAUAAAACGUACUUACACUUUGCCUCAGCGAUAUAUCAGUGACUUAGAGACAAAAAAGACAAAAAAAAACAUUAACAUGAGAGUGAGUGUGUCCAAUGGAAAACACCUUAGCACUUGAGUUGGACAAACAAUACAUGUGUACAGUGUCGGUUUCAUUGCUAUAUACCUUCUCUGCAGUUCUCCCUUGCAAAAAUGUGUGUUAACAUUAGAUGAUGUCAUGUUGCAGGUUCAACGUAUUUAUGUAAAUAGAGGGUCAAGGGGGGAAGGGCAGGGGUCAAAAGUUGCCAGACAUUACAAGAUUUAUUUACUCACUAAAUGAAAAAGCUAUUAUGCAACAUUUGAAGAAUUGUACAGGUAAACAGGCAGACCCAAUGGUAGACGUGUGGAACCUUUGAUGAUCUUAGCGCUCCCCUUAACGAACGGAGCUGAGCGAGGACCACCCUUUGAUCUAAGAGCUGCGUUAGUGUAAUCAAGAAAACUCUGGAUCUAGUAUUAAUAUUCAGUAUUAAUAAACAAAAAAAGGAAAAAUAAAAAACAAUUGUACGAUACACUUGCUUAUAUUUUCAUAUGAAAGGAACACAAUGCAAAGCAUUUUUGUGGCUUUUUGUAGUUUCUAUAAGCCAGAAUGUGUUUUUUGAUAGCUUUGCUAAUGAGAGAUGGAUAGUUCACCCAGAGAGGAAUUGACAGGGCGUCGCUGCCCUAAGCCAUUAAAGACAGACUGAGAUCCAAUGCUUUGCUGAACUGUUUUAUCUUUGUAGAGGUUUGUUUUUAAACGUGUAUUUCUAAUUAUAUAUAAUAAUGGUAAUAUUAAGAUUCUUUAAAAAAAUCUGUGAAAUUAACAUGCUUGUGUAUAGCUUUCUAAUAUAUAAAUAUAUAUACUAAUGAUU